AGGGACGCGCAGUUCAAAGCGAUACUACUUGGGAAGAGGUGAUCGUCGGGAAAGAAGCGUGUGCGUGUGGUGUCCGCGAAGAAAACAGAAAAAGGACGACAUCGUAAAGUUCGUCGUGCGCUGCACAAAGGCGCACAGUUUCUCUCUUCCUCUCUGUCUCUUCGUAAUACGAGAGGAGAGCAGAGAGUCGCUGGAGUUCGUGUUAUUAUUUUUCGUUAUUAUCGCUCGAUUAAGUUUGUGAAUAAAGCCAUUGUGACCGGUGUGGGCGGCUUGCUCGAUGAUUUUGCACGCGUUUUUCGGCCUGGCAAAAAAACGACCUCUUAUAAAUUGGAAAUUAUCCGAAAUUUCCCGAAAUAUCGUAGUUCUAAGAAAGAAAACCGGGAAUCGAGGAUUUUUUUCGUUUUUAUUUCUACGAAGGGUAACAACGGAGCUACGCAAAGAAACGCCGACUCUCUCAAGUAGUCAAGAACAGUGUUCGGCCAGCCUUGAAAGUAAACAAAAAUGGAGAUGAAACUGGAGGAGGCGCAAAUCUGCAGGCUAUGCGGCGAAUGCGAGAGUAUAUACAUUGAUGUUUUCGGUGAGGAGGGCACAAAGAGAUUCCUCGGGGUCAAGAUUCACACGAAAAUCAACAUUUUGAUUGAUGAAACGGACCCUCUGCCCAAGGCGAUUUGUGUACAGUGUCUCGGUAAGCUCGAAUUCGUUUGCGACUUCCAAGAGGAGUGUCUACGCACCCAACAAGUGUUGCGCGAACGAUACAAUCUGCCGGCGCUAACAGAUGUUGAAGAGCUGAAAAUCGAAGACUCAGCGAUACCGGCAGGAACGUCAACGAACAAUAAUAGCACGGAUAAAAAUUUGAAUCCUCCGUUGGAAAAUGAAGUCGAAAUAACAACAACGACGUAUGAAAAAUCGGCUACGCCGAUCGGAGCCGAGAAUCAUCAAACGAAGGCAAAAAAGAAAUUACGGGCACGUAGAAGAUCGAUAUCGCAGAGCGAGAACGAGAAGCCGGACAGUGAGCGGGAAAAUGUACGUGAGCCGAAUACUGAAAAUGUCAACAAACGCUGGUUGCGAAGCCGAAAUUCGACGGCGUCAUCAACAGCGACAACGACGACGACGACAACAACGAAUUCGACGUCGGGGACGUUGACGAGCGUCGAUUGUGCAAAAACAGUAACGGCCUCGAUAACUCGUAGAUUACGGAGUCAGAAUGAUUCGUUGGAAAAGAGCAAAGAAGUUGUGGAAAAUACGACCAAAGAAUCGACGAGUCCAAGCUCAAAAUCGUUGAGCGGUGAAUCAAUGAUCCAAAUUCCAACUUCGGCGUUGAACAAAGUUCUCACGGUAGUUUCUUCGUCUCCGGACAUGGAAGUUUCGGUCAAAGAGUCGACCAAUCGUCAAGGUGACAUAGAGGAUAUAAGCUUCACCCUGGAGCUUCGACGAAAAAAACAAGACACGGAAUUCCUCACGGUCCUCGCCAAAGUUUUUCCCGAUCAGGGCUCUUGUCUGGUGGGCUCGGGGAUCGUGAGUCUCCUGGAGAACGAGAACAACGUCGAGGUUGAUAAAAUCGUAAGCACGAUUAUAAAUGGCUCGUCGAAACGGAAAAGCAUUAACAGCGGAGUGACGAAAAUCGAUGAGCUCGAAGAAAUGGAAAAAAGGUUAUCGACCACUCAGAAUCCCGAAGAACUGUACCGUGUGGACGGUGAAGAAAUUCGGGUUGACGACAACAUCGAAUACGUCGAUAGCCAGUCCGGCUAUGCUUGUAAAUUGUGCCGUAAAAUGUACGAACGUCGAGACAAAUGUACGGUACACGUUAAAACUCAUCUUGGCAUAAAACAAUACGCUUGUACUUUAUGCUGCGCCAAAUUUGUUUGUAAAUCGGAUGUCAUGAAGCAUAUUAGAUGUUCACACACAAAUCCACGACCCAUGCAAUGUCCCAAGUGCCCGAAACGCUUCCGUUCGAAAUUCGACUUGACCGAGCACGACAACGUUCACAAAGGCGUAAAACCUUAUCGUUGUAGCGAUUGUUCUCAAAGUUAUCAUCACAAAGUAUCGUUGCAGAUGCACGUUAAAUCACAUCAACCCCCGCAGAAUUUAGCUUGCGAAUAUUGUGGCAAAGUUUUUCCAUUUCGUACUCGUUUACUUUCACACAUUGGGAGUGUUCAUUUGAAAAAUCGUCGCAAUUUCCGAUGUCGUUUCUGUUACAAUUUGUACUCGAGUCUCGCCGUUCUAAACGAUCACGUCAAAUCUCGUCAUGCCACCACUUACACUUGUGAAAUAUGCUCGAAAACUUUCAAGGUUGCUUCCAAAUACAAAGCACACGUUUUGCAACAUUCCAAUCCAAAGCCUUUCGUUUGCAACGUUUGCAACAAUCGUUACGCCUCCAAAGCCUUUUUGAAUGAACAUCUGCUCAAACACGAAGGUCUCCGAAAACAUGUUUGCCAAAAAUGCGGUGCGAGCUUCGCCCAAGCCAGCCAUUUGGCCGCUCAUCGCCAUGUCCACGGCGAAAAAAUUCACGUUUGCCCAGAAUGCGGACGUAAAUUUAAUCGGCGAGACAAUAUGAAAGUACAUAGAAAAAGACACUUUGAAAAAUCAGGUAAAAACGAUGGAAAUGACAUGAGCGACGGUAGCACAGUCGACAAUAAUACCAAUGAAAAAUAACUAUACUUUUUUCCAAAUUGCAAAAGCCCGUCAGUUGCGGCGAAAAAAAUUUGAUUCAUUCAUAGAAUUUUUUUUAAACUCAGUAAUUAUUGCCACAGUAGAAAAUGAGAAAAUUGAGGUUGAAAGUUUUUAUUGAAAUUACGAAUUCCAAUUUGUAUUUUUGAUCAGAAAAUUUUUCUACUGAAUCGAAUCACAAUUUUUUUCGGUGCAACCUUGAGAGGAACAAAAAAGGCCCACUUAUUUCGUCCAUUGACUGACGACGCAUUCCCAUUUCCCUUUCUAUUCGACUUUGUUUUGACUCGCGGAAAAGGGACUGGGAAGUUUUGGUCAAUUUGUGAUUUUCUAGAGGUCUUCUUCCGAAGCCAAAAACCCAAACGUUUGACAAAUAACGAAACUUGGAAAGUGGUCAAAGCUCGGUCCAGUGCCAAUUGAGAAUACCUUUUUCUAUAAAUUCCCAGUUUACAAAAAUAUAUAUUAUAUAAAACAGCGUUCAAUUGUUGAAAGUACGACCAGAGAGUCUUCCAAACGAGAAAUCCUCGUUUAAUAUUUGGUUAAAAAAUGAUAAAUAUUUUCUAUAAAACAUUGAAUUUUACACCAAAAUGAGAUCGUCUUAUUCUCUAAAAAUUUAAAACUUGUUCAAAAACAAUUGCAAAUCUUUUUAUAUCAAAAUUUAUAAAUAUUUAUAUAUACUCUACAAAGAAAAAUAAACGUAUAUCGAAAACGGAAUAAAUCGUACUAAGAGUACAAAAGGAUAGUAUGAAAAAGUAUAUUUUGUAAAGAAUCUGACAGCUGAUAUUGACGCUUUAUGCGUCGUUAAAAAAACAAAAAUGACAAUCAGAAAAAUGUGCCUUCGAAGUGAAAAAGGAAAGAGAAAAUACUUAUUUCGAGCCUCAUCCAAAAAUGUUAUUUACGAGAAAUAGCCAGGGCCUACAAUCACUGCUCCAAUUCCUAAUGUGAUGUCGAUAAAUAUGUAUUCUUGAGAAUGUGAAAAACUCGGAGAAAAAAAAUCAAAUAUGAAAAUUGAAAGAACGAUAAGAAACCGAGGUGUGUUCAAUUUCGGUAUCAAUCUACACGACGCAAUAUAAGUCUUUACUCCAACUUUAUUGAUGAUAUAGACGCGACGGAGAAAAUAAAACAGUAGUCUAUAUUUCUCUCGUUAGAAAAUGCAUGGAGGAUAAAUUAAAAAGAAAAAUAAUGUGUGAUUAUGAAUAAGUUAGUUUCCUAAGUGAUGAAUUAAGGGAAAAAACGUAUAAGUGAGAUCGGAGAGUGGAGGGAUAAUUAAGAUUUUUUUUCAACGACAUGCUCAUUUAAAUAUUCCAAUGUUUACACGAAUAAAGCUAUGAUAUUUUUCGAGAAUAA